CUUAAACUAUUUGCAAAUAUUGUCACUUUGUAAAGUCACUGAGAAGAAAUGGAUCCCAGUCACUCCUUAGGAGAACGGUUCACCAACUGCAUCCUUGUCCCUCAACGCUAUCUCUUGGGGAUCAUGACUAGUUUAGCAACAUUCACUUCCUAUACGUUGAGAGUAACAAUUUCUCUGGCUAUCACCGAAAUGGUCCAGAAAAAAAAUGAAAGUCUGGUACAACAUGAAGAUUCAUGUCCCGUAAUCGACAACGCCACGUAUGUCACGGUCAAGAACCGCGACAUCUUGUACGACUGGGACGAGGUGCAACAAGGUCUCAUCCUGAGCUCCUUCUAUUGGGGUUACAUAGUCACCCACAUACCUUGUGCCUUAUUGGCCGAAAAAUAUGGGGGUAAACACGUCUUAGGAUCCGGAAUGUUGUUAAAUACCGUCUUAACCAUAUUUCUUCCGCUCGUUAUUACGUCAACCGGUGGAGACUGGGUGGUUCUGGUAGUUCUAAGGGUUAUCAUGGGACUCGGGCAAGGAAUGGUGUACCCGGUCAUCACUACCCUUCUCUCCCAAUGGGUCCCCCCUAAAGAUAAAGGAUUUAUGAGUAGUCUGUCGUUCGCAGGAGCAAUAAUGGGCACCGUAGUUACCAACUCUGUGGGUGGGUUUCUGAUCAGUUGGUCCAAGCACUGGGAUAUCGUAUUCUAUUUCUUCGGACUAUUAGGGUUAGUAUGGAACAUCGCUUGGCAGCUCCUUUGUUACUCGUACCCGAGGACACAUCCAUGUAUCAAACCCAAAGAAAAAGAGUACCUUUACCACGAGUUAGCCGAACAUGUUAGCGAGGAUUCAUUAAAGACACCUUGGAAAGAAAUGUUAACAUCGUUCCCCGUCUGGACUUACAUAAUAGUCCAGUUUGGACACGACUGGGGCUGGUACACCAUGGUUACAGAUCUCCCGAAAUAUAUGAACGGGGUGCUGCGCUUUAACGUCAAACAAAACGGAGUGUUGUCUGCUGCACCAUACUUCAUGAUGUACUUAGCAGCAGUAGGCAGCGGAUAUCUCGCAGAUUGGAUAAUUCACAAGAAAUACUUGUCCGUUAGGCUCACCAGACAAAUUUUCGGUGGUAUAGGGUCCUUGGGACCAGCCGUCUUCAUUGUCUUGGCUUCGUACGUCGGUUGCCAAAGAUAUAUCGCAGUGACAUUUUUUACGCUGUGCAUGUUGAGCAUGGGUUUCUACUUCCCGGGAGUCAAAGUGAAUGCCCUAGAUUUGUCGCCGAAUUUUUCCGGUACCGUCAUGGCGUUGGCCAAUGGUAUUGGGGUGUUCGCUGGUAUGGCGGCGCCUGCUAUCGUCGGAAUACUGGCACCGAACCAAACUCUGUCGGAAUGGAGGUAUGUGUUUUGGGUUUCUUUUGCCAUGUUGAGUGGAACUUUCCUCAUCUACCUGUUCUUCUUUUCGGCGGAAGUGCAAUCGUGGAAUUCCAAGAAGGACAACCAAGAAUAAUGACCUCCUACUUAGUGUAUUCUCUACUUUAAUAAACAAAUUACUUCAACCAAA